GUGCUAGCGCGCUUCACUGAAAAUCAAAAUAAAUCUCAGACAGCUGCUUGCUAUUUCGGCGAUUUGCAACGCCUGUACCUAGAAGCCGGUGGCAGCAAGAGGAAACUACAAAUAGGUAAAUCAAAAUGUCCUUCCCCCAACAGCCCCCCGGUUUCGCUGGCGUUCGCCACCCUCCUUCCCUCACGGACGCUCUGGGGAGGAAGCCUUCCAACGGCGCAAUACAGCCUGCAGAGGCAGGAGGAGCUAGUACAACUUCCGCCGGUGGUGGAGUAGAACAAACAAGCAAAAAGGAGAACGUCGGGCAGUGGCAGUUCACCGCUGCAAAGAAACCUGCGUCGAAAACGAAACCAAAUGCUGGGCCGAUUUCCGCCGCUGUUGUUGCACAGGGUGGCUCAUCCUCCUCUUCCUCAACCGGUCCGUCCAGAGGCAAUUCUGUACCGACGAGCCGAAAAUCCUCGUCUGUCUCGCUUGGUGGAAAUAAUGCGAUCGCAGCAUCACAAGUUCCACUGCAGCAGCAAACAACCGUAACCUUUGCAGAACAGGUUGCCGCUUCGCCGGUUUUGGAAGUUCCGGAGCAGGACAUUGUCGAGGAAUCUUCGGUGAUGUUUCAACAACAGCCAAACCACCACAGCAUCAGCACGAUCAGCUACGAGUCGACCUCCGGAAUUUCGUCACAAGAUUUGGUGGAACAACAUCAGGGUUUGUCAUCAUCUGCAGCAGGCACGAUGAAAAUUAGAGCAAAACCACAAACAAACAAAUCAGGCAUGCACUACCAGGUCUCCCCCUUUCGCUUCGACCAGAUUGAGCACUCGAUCGAAGCGGAAGACGCGGCUUCCAAAAUUCUCGCGGAGCACUCCAUUCUCCUACCGAAACUAGUCCCGUUGGAGAGGGGAACGGCCGCGGCGAACCACAAUCAAGCCAUGAAGCAACGGGCGAAUUCGUAUGGCGCACCGGGUUAUGCAAUGCAAAUGUGUUUGGGUCUGGAAGUAGCAGGAUCCAAACUUGUCAUGCUGUCUCUCGAUUCUAAAGAAUAAGAAAUCUGUAUUGCGAUGACCAGCAAGAGGGGCCCAGAUUGUGCUGCGCGGAGAGGGCGUUUGUCAUGCGGAAUACGCAUCAGGAACCCUUCCAAAAAUCUGUGAUGCUAAGUCAUGCACUACAGGCGUCAUGUGUCGUGCAAGAUAUGUAUGACAUCUUCCAGACCCAGACAUGUUUGCGUUGGAUACGGCUGGACCAGGUUCUUCGUCGAGCAGUAGUAGUUCAUCUUCCAGUGCUGGAGGUUUGGGACAAAGCAAUCCGAUGAACAACUACAACGUGCGGGCUUCGGAGCUCCGUGGCUUUACGAAAUCUUCGCAGUUGUUGCAGGAGGACAGUUUGUUUCUGAACGACAAUUUCGGAGGACUGCUCGCGUUUGGCGCCAACAACCACAAUCAAUCCAUCACCUCGGCCUUUUCUGGGACCGACGACGGUGCUGGUUUGGAUGGGAGCAUGAGCUCCUCUCUUGUGAACAGCAAGCACCAGGAAUAUUUAACGAGCAGGUUGCAGGACACGGUUCUCCGGAUCGUGUUGGAAGGGAUUCUCAACAUGCACCACUUUCAGGGGGAUGACUUCGCGUUUUGGCUGCAGAACUUGACGCUGUCGUCGACGAAUCAUGUGGUGUUGGAUUUGCUGCACUUAGCGUCGUCCUCAGCGGGGAAAAAGGACGAUAGGAAGGAAGAAGAGGGCGGGAGCGCCGUGACGAGCAGGAGUGGGUCGAAGAAGGUAGUACUAGCUAAGCUGUAUUUUUGAUGUGCUGACGCAUGACAAAGUCGGCGAGUGCUUUCUAGCCCGCAUGACAAAAUUUUCCAAUGUAGUUCCAUCGACCUUUGUGAACAAUGAAUGAAUCUUACAUGACGUACUACGAUACCUACAGGCCACCGCCGAUCCCAGCAGCGACAACCCCACCGGGAAAAAGGAGGACCGCUUAAAGCAGCGCUUUGACACCCUCCGCGCCUACCUCAAGGACCUCUCCAACCUCCGGCAGAAGCAGAAUCAGAACCAAACCUACGAUCCGAACAGCCUUCCCGGGGCGGAGGAUGUUACGGAGGAUCUGAUCAAGCGGGAUGUGACGUUUUUUGAACCGUUGCAGCACUUACCCGAUUCAGCCCAGGAAUUGACGAGGGAGAUUGUCAGGGAGAAAAUGAAAACCGUGGCGACGAAAUUGACGGAGGAGUAUUUGGAUUUCAUAAAAUUAAAAAUGAGUUUGUCAUGCAUGUUGACUGUGCAUGAGCAUGACUAAGAGGGAACGUGGUAGUGGUUUGCUUCUAUUUUCCGCGUCACAAAUUCCAAAUUUCAAAAUGCACGUAUCUUCAAAUCAGUUACACCCAGCGCAUGAAGGACAUGGAGAAGGACUACAAGGAGAAACUCAUGCGCGCGAAGAUGUCCAACAGUAUCCGUUUAGGCGACCAGGCGGAGUACGAUCCGAACUACGCGAACGGCGGGUACGGCUCCGGUUACGGAUCCGGAGAACAGAACGUGAUGGAGGCGUAUGAUAUCCACAGUAAACAACUUCCGGUACGCGUACACAUGCUGUUUGUAAAUGACAAAACUAGCUGUCGAACCUAUUCUGCAUGACAAGUUGCAUGCUCUAAGUUGCGAAAGAAUUUGUGAUGCAUUUUGUACAUGUGCGGGAAAUUUGUGUUGCAUACACGAACGGAAGAUUCAACAGUUGGAGGAAUUAUUAUCCGAACAAACGGAGAAAUCCCGGCAGUUGGAGAAAAAGCACAACCAAAUCGCGGAUGUGAAGAUCGAUUUGGAGUCUUCGGUAUCAAAUGUAAAAAUGUCUGCGUCUGGAAUAUUGCCAGGUUUGUCAUGCACAUUUUGCAUGACUCCUGAUGUCUGUGAUGCAUGCCCUAGCAUCACAGAUUUUGUGAGGGCAUCCUGAUGCCUAUACCGCAUGGCAAAUGCCCUUUCCGUUGUAGCAAAACUUGGACUCUCUUUGCUGCUCAUGCAAUACAGAUUUUUUUUUAUUAGAGUCCAAAAUCAGCAUGACAAGUUGGACUCUUCCAGACCCAGACAUUUUUACAGUUGAUAUUCGGUGGAUAUCUUCAAGCUGGAAAAUUCGCAGCUGAAGGAACAGCUAGAGGAAUUGCAAACGAAGAUGAAAAAUGCGGAGUUGGUGGACGAGUUGCUGCAGGAGAAGGACAACAACGAGAAAAAACUUCUGGAUUACGAGAUCGAACUGAAGAUGCUAAGGGAGGAGUUGUCGGUAUGAUUGGAAUUGCUUUUUUGCAUGACAGAAUGACACAGGUUUUCGUGUCCCGCAUGACAAAAUAAAUUCGAAAAUGAAAACACUUUUCUAUCAGGCAAAGGAGCAAGAGCUCACCCAGGAGAAAGCAGAAACCAUCGCGCAACGGGAACACGCCAGCAAAUUUGCAAACGUGAAGGAAACCGAGGUAAGAGAGCAGUUUUUUUGAAGUCGUUAUGCUUAUGGUGCGGUGGUGUCACCUGGGCGCAUGCAAAGUGAAAGUUUUGGUUGUGCUACGUAGCUCUCUUCAACUUCCUCAUCUUGUUUCGCAUCACGAAUCAAAAAAAUAACAUCUAUCAGGUCUACAAGCAGCUCGAAUCGGAUUUCAACGAAUUGAAACAAGAUUUCCAGCGAGAGCAGCAAACCAGCAACGCUUUAAAGUCGACGGAUAAGGAGCUGAGACAAAGAACCGCGAAACAGGAAAUCGAUUUGGAGAAACAAAGGAAGAAACUGAAAAUGCAAAGUAUUCAGCUAGAAGAACAGGAAAAACUCCGGAAUGACCUGCAGAAAAAAAUCGAGGAUCUCCGGAAAGAGAUGUCGGCGAUGCGGAAGACGCAGAUUGAAAACCAGCACUUGAUCCACGAAAACGAACAGAACAAGCAGAAAAUACAAAACGAGGGGAGUAGUUCUGACGUGAAACAGUUCGCUGAGAUGUUGAAGCAGAAAUCCAGGAAACAAGAAUCGGAAUUGUUGAUGCUGCGGGACGCGUUAGACCAAGUACACCUCCGGUUGGACGAUCGGGAGAGGAAGUUACUGAACUUACAAGCGAAGAAAGCGAAGUACAAGAAUUACUUGAAGGCAAAACAGGAUAAUAGUGGGGAACAGGUUUCAAAUCUCUUCUCUUCCGGGAACAAGCCGAGUUACGGUGGCGGAAAUCGCGCUGCUGGGAUGAGCAACAACAUGUUCAGCAACGCGAAGAUUGCGCAGCAGAAGCAAGCUGUUCCUAGUCAGCACGCCAGCGUUUCUGUCGGGAUUGAUCUUUCGGACAGUGAAUCGGAUAUAUCCGAAGCGGGCUUUGACAUGGACGAAAUCCCGGUGAGGCAAAGCACGACGAGAGGAUCCGGUACGGAGGACUACGACGAGGCAAUAGACGUGGAACAGGAAGAGCCGAAGGUGGAACAGAUUGCCGCGUCUUCUCCCGCCGCACCGGCCACUGGCACUUCGACAGAACAACGGGCGCAAACUGCAGAUCCAACAACGGAGGAGCCACCUGUAAUUCCAGAAGGAUCCAGUGGUCCACCCCAGCAGCAAGUCCUGAACCGUGAGUCUGGCGGCGGCGUUGAAAUCUUCGCAGCUGACCAGCAGUUCAUCGAACAGAAGAAAAGCGAACAAGCACGAACCAGUCAAAACAACAAGCCUCCUGGUGCUUCCUCCCCCCCAAAGGGUUCCGCCCCGAUCAAGAACAAAUUCCCCCGGUAUUCCGAACCCGCGAUCUUUUCCCAGCUCUACACGGAUUUUGUUUCCCGUUUGGAAAAAAUGCGCGAGUACCGCGAUGAGAUCUGCCCGGCGCGGGAGGGGGUGUUGUUGAAGAUUUACGAGGCGCAGAAGAAGAUCGUGGAGUUUUUGGAGCCGCACAAGAUCGAGAAGGAAAAUCCGAUGCUGGAGCAGUACCUCGAGGGGGAGGAUGUGGACAACUACUACCAGAAACGGCCCUCGGAUCAGUACGAUGGUGCGAUGCAGAACAAUGCGACGAUCAAAAACCGGUCGCCGUCGUUUCAACUAAACAGUUCGCCGGAGAGUUAUUUUGCGGAGUUUGUCACUCUGUUGAAGAAGAAGGAACAGGAGCAGAGAAGAGGUAGUCAUGCUGGAAUCGGUGUGGAUCCGCGGGCGGGAGGUGGAAAUUUGCAGAAUUCGUACAAUACACCGUAUCACCAGUACCACUUGAACGCGAAAAGUAAGCGGGAAAGGCAACAGUCUUUACCGGAUAUUCUGAAGACGAGGGGGAAGUGAUGAAGAACAAGAAGGGAGGUUGUGUGGAAAGAAAAAAUGCCAUUAUAUAUGUUGAGGCGCUUGUAAGAUGAAAUAAAUUGAAACUGUCUACUACUUCAGCGUUUGUUCACAUCUUUUUCAGAGUUUGAGGUUUAGGGGCAGCGCAGAAGCAUUGCCUGAGCCUGUAUCAUGUUGCCAGUAUUCAAACCGUAUUUCACGUAGUACAGACAGACAGAACCGAAGCUUUGCGACGGCCGUAGUUUCAAUUGUAAAAACAAGAAGCAGCUGUAGAUUUAUGUGCUCCUCGUAUUCCGCAUGAAAUAACGCAUUUCAUUGUUAAAAUUGAAAGUCACCAAUGAACACUCUCAAAAUGUUAUUUGAAGGUGAGUUAUCUUGGCCCGUUGAUGAUCGCGAUCGCGUUUGUAAAAUCUGAAUCGUGCUGCGACUUCUGUUUUCCUGCGCUUGUUGUACGAAUAUGAACCACUGUGAUGCAGAAGCUUGCUAGGCAUUGAUGAUUGUUGAAGAAGAU